AUGGCUCAGGGACCAUACACAAUAGAUCCAACCAAAGAACAAAAAAAUAUAAAAACAAAUAAAAAUCCACAACACACAAGUAUAAAUAUAGAAAAUCUCAGUUCAACAGCUGAUGGUUGGUUCCGUAUAGUGUCAGAGUCAUUCCCAGCUGAAGAAGAUUUCAUUGACCCAAAUCAAAAGUUUCAAUUAAAAAAAAAAUAUAAUGGCCACCCAAUCACAAUUGUCAAUUUAGGAAAAACACAAUUAAAAGUUUCAGCUGAAUAA